AUACAUAGCAACACUAAUGUCAGCGGCUCAGCGCGUCUCGGCGUCUGUCUCUAGCUGUCAGUUUUGAAAUUUGAAUUUUUUAAAUGGAAGAUAUCCGUUUUUGUUUGACAAACAAUUUGCUGGUGUUUUUACUUGAAGGCAUUUUACAAAAAGAAUAACUGAAGUGGGUCUUAAAACUUCCAAAAAAGGAACAUAAAUGAACAAGAUGUCCAGAAUUCCAAAGUUGCCUAUAUCUGCUGCAAAAGAGAACAGACCAGGUUUAAUGAAUAAUCGUCCAAUCACUCGUACUAUAGUAAAUGGACUCAGUGAUGCUGAUAAGAAAAUUUUAAUUCAAAACCACACCAGACCUUUGACCAAGACUGGUCCUGGAGCAACAUUACCUGCUCAACGACUCAAACGUGCCGCUACGAUACCAUCUACUGCCCAGCCAGCUAAAAUAACUAAGGUUGAGAGAAAACCUGCAACUGUUGCUCCAAAAAUUCCACCAUAUGACUACAAAGCCAGGUUUAAUGACUUAUUAGAAAAGCACAAAGUGAUUAAAAGUGAAUUUAAUGAGUUAAAAGAUAAACAUGUUGAGGUAUCUGAUGAAUAUGAGAAAGUCAAAGAGUCUGUUCAUAGCUGUGCAAGUGAAAGAGAUAUACUAAAAGAAAAAUUGCUAAAUACUUUAACUGAUUUAAGAGAAAAGACUUCAGAAUUUGAACGAAUAAAAGUGGAUUUUGACAUUCAGAAGCAUGAGAAUGAGAGUCUCCAUAGAAAAACUCAGAUAUUAGAAGAAGUGACCACGAGUUUGAAGAAAAAGACAGCAGAAUUAGAGAGCUUGCAGAGUGAUUUUGAUAGUUUGACAAGAAGACAUAACAGCCUUAAAGAGGAGACAGAAGCAUUGAGGGUCCUCUCUGAUCAUCUUAAGAAAGUUUCUGUUGAAUAUGACAAGCUUCAGCUUGAUUUUAAAGAGGCUCAAGAAGCCAUUGUUAAGUAUAAAACUGAUGCAGAAGCUCUUCAAAAUAUAUUAGCUUCUAUGUACAAAGAACAAAGGGACUUGAGAAAUACUAUCCAGGAUUUGAAGGGCAAUAUUCGUGUGUACUGCAGAGUUCGUCCACCAUUAGAAUCUGAGACAGCAAAACCACUUUUUAACCUAAAUGUCAUAGAUUCCUGCUCAAUUGAAGUGGAAAAAAUAGAGUUGAAUUUCAGUUCUGCACGGAAAGGGAAAUCUCAGCAUGCCUUCACUUUUGAUGGAAUAUUCACACCUCAUGCUUCACAAGAGGAUGUUUUUGCAGAAGUAUCUACUAUGGUCCAGUCUGCUUUGGAUGGAUACAAUGUUUGUAUCUUUGCAUAUGGUCAAACAGGGUCUGGCAAAACAUAUACUAUGGAAGGUGGCUGUGGCACUGAGCAAUAUGGUAUCAUACCUCGAGCCUUUAACAUGAUAUUCACUUCCAUGGAAGACUUGAAAAGAAUGGGAUGGGAGUUAACUAUUAAAGCUUCAUUUUUAGAGAUAUAUAAUGAAGUAAUUUAUGACUUACUGAAUUCCAGCAAGGACCAGGUGAGCCAUGAAAUCAAAAUGGUCAAUUCUAAGGGCAUUGAUGUUUAUGUUUCCAACUUGAAAGAGGAAGAAGUAAAGAGCUCUCACGACUUCAUCAGAUUGAUGAUAUUUGCCCAACGUAAUAGACAAACAGCUGCCACACUCAACAAUGAAAGAAGUUCUAGGUCACACUCAGUUGCACAAAUAAAAAUUUCUGCUAUCAAUGAAAAGCGCAAAGAAAAAUUCACAAGUCAAUUGAAUUUAGUUGAUUUGGCUGGAUCUGAGAGUGGCAAAACUACUCAAAGGAUGGAUGAAACCAAACACAUAAACAGAUCAUUAUCAGAACUUUCCAAAGUCAUUUUGUCUCUUCAGACUAACCAGUCACACAUUCCCUACAGAAAUUCCAAACUGACUCAUUUGUUGAUGCCCAGCCUUGGAGGUAACUCUAAAACUCUCAUGUUGGUUAAUAUCAACCAAUUCGAUGAAUGUUUUAAUGAGACUCUUAACUCCUUACGGUUUGCUACGAAGGUAAACAACUGUCGGGUAAUAAAAGCAAAGAAAAAUUUGACUAUGGUUGACACAUUAUAAUUAAGUUUAGUAUUAUGUUAAUUAUGUAUUGACAUUUGUUGUGUAUGAGAAGAUGGAUGUGAUCCGCGAAUUUAUUGAAUAAGUUCGCCGAAUCCCUUUGUAAUUCUCCUCUGUCUUUUGCAACUGAAUGCAACUAAUGCUGUGGCAGUUCUAAAUAUUAUUAUAUAAUUUGUAAACUUGACAGAGUUGGGGAAUUUUAAGCUCUUGUUAAUUUUAAAAUGUUUUUAAAAGUUUCUCUUAUACUAAUUUUUAAUUUAGUGACUUAUUAUUCUUCAGUUUUAGAUAUAGUAAUUUUGCUUGUAAUCAAUGCCCUUAAUUAUAUUAUACAAUAAUAAUAAUAUAAUUGGUACUAAGAA